AUGAAUUAAUCAAAUCUCUUGUACCAACAGAACAAUUUUACGCCAAUACAAGAGUUAUAGGCCAUAAAUGAAUUAGACUAUGAUCAAGAGUACUUGAAUACUGGUUUCAGAGGGACAUUCAAUAGUCCAAAUUUAGUAAUUAAGUCAUAAUUGGACACUCUUAGAACAAAUGAGGUUGAUUAAUAUUCUAAUUAGGCCUUACUUCCAGAAUGGACUAAACGAGCUUAACGCACUGGUGUGAGUUUGAUGGCAUUCUUCUUUGUGAAGCAAUUUGUUUAGAAAAUACGCAGUCAUAGACAAAAAUUGCAAAAUAUCAACGAGAGUCAUUUAUAAUUGAUAGAUGAUCAGGGGUCUGAUAAGUAAAUAAAACAAUGCCAUAAUAGUCAGGUUAUGCUUACUUAAAUGAAAUUUGCAAGUCCAAUAUUUCAAAUUAGAAAUGUGUCCCGACUUUUUCGGUAACAAACAUUAGUGAACCCUGAGAAUCCAGUCUAUUAAUCCAUAAAGGAGAAGUAUUAAAUGGCGAGGAAGUAUGCAUAUGAGAAAUUAUCAAAAAUCCCUUAGUUCCAUCCUGAGAGUCCCAACAAAUUAAUGUGGGAUUACUUCAUAACCUUAAUUAGAUUGAUAUUAUUAGUAUUAAUACCACUUGAGAUUGCUUAUGUUCCAGGCAUUUUGUUUGAUUAGAUUUUGGCACUCACUUCUCUACUCUCAUCUUUAUUGCUUUUUGAUGUCAUAAUUAGAUUAAAUACAAUAUGUUAUGUAAAAGGACAUGCUGUAUUGGAUAGAUUCGAGAUAGUACGCCAGAUAAAUCUUUAGGCACCUCUAUUGUAUUACUGUAUUAAAGAUGAAGAAUAAAUAUCUAAUUAUUAUCUGAUUAUCUUGCUUACUUCGCUGAUGCAAUUCAAACAUAUUAGUGAAGUCAUUCAAAAGAGUGAAGAAUCACAAUACUUUAGUAAAUCAUAGAAAGGAAUAAUCAGUCUAUUCAAAUUAAUUCUUACUCUAAUGUACAUUUUGCAUAUGUUCUCAUGUAUAUGGUAUUUCAAUUCAAAUUUGAGUGACGAAUCUUGGAUCAAAUACAAAUAAUUAGAUUAACAAUCAUGGCAAGUUCAAUACUUGGAGGCAUUCUAUUUCGCAAUUGUUACCAUGUUGACAAUCGGAUAUGGAGAUAAUGUACCUAAAAGUUCAAAUGAGAAAAUAGUGGCAAUCUUCUUCAUAAUGGGAGCAUGCUUAUGGUUCAGUUACAGUGUCAAUACAAUUGGUAUCAUAAUCAAGGAAAUCAAUUAAAAUAUGGUGGAGAGAAUCAAGAAAAUAAGAGUCAUCAACAGAUACAUGCAUAAACGCAGAAUUCCCUAUGGACUCCAAUAUAGAAUUCGAGAAUAUCUCAAUUUCAGAUGGAAGGAAGAAGCUGAAAUAGAUCUACAAUAAGAGGAAUAAUUAUUGGCUGAACUAUCAGAAGGAGUUGAAGUAGGAAUUAAGGCAAUAAUCAAAUAGUGUAUUUUUUAUAAUUUUAGCCUAGAAUUUUAGAAUGCUCUAUCUUGUCACAUUGCUAGAACUAUCAUACUACCCUAAAAUACAUUCUCCAUCUUUACUCUUGGUAAUAUUAAACAACCACAUCUCUGUUUUGUUGAACAAGGCCAAUUACAAUACCUAAAUAGACAUCGUUAUUCACUCUAAGGAAUUCAAAGUUAGGGCCAAUUCCUCUAAGUCUAAGAUUUCGUAUCUGAAAAUCAAAACACUCAAGUCUAUUAAGCCAUUGGUUAUGUUAGUCUUCUGAUUCUCAGUAAAAGUGAUUUUUUGUCAGUCUUAAACAAUUUCCCAAAAGACUAUUAGCAUUAUUGUCAACUCAAAGACAAUAUCUAAUUGAGUAUUCAAAAGAAAUAGUUACCUUACGGAGUCUAUUGUGCAGCAUGUAAACAAGGUGACCACAAUCUUAUAGGAUGUCCUUAACUCAAAAUUACUAUUGAUCGAGAAGUUGUUGUUAAGCGGCAUCUAUACUCCAAACCAUAAGAAAGAAAUAAAUGGAAAAGAUCCUAAAAACGAACUAAAGAUCUCUUUCAGACAUUACCUGAUUUAGACAUUAUAGAAUAAUUUACACUCUAUUUUCAAAACGAAAAGCAGAAAUUAAUUAAGUCGCAAUUGCAAUAAUAAUUAAUAUUUGAUUAAGAAGCCGAUGAAAAUCCUAUGAAAUCUGAUGAAUGCGUUUCUCCACGUCAAACUCAUGAACCUACUUAAAAGAUUCUUUUGAGAAAGUCAGAUUCCAUGUUAGUUACGGAUAACUUUUACUCCUCCAAUAACCUUCCACUCUAACCAUUGAGUCCAACGCAAAGCAUGGUCCAUUCCAAUAAUCAAAGGCGGAAAUAAGGCAUCUUGGAUUCACAAACCUCCUAUGAUUACAAUCUCUAAGUUAAAAGAGUGUAAAAUCAAAAUGACUUUGAUCUUAAACCACCUACUUUCAAUAAGUACACAACAGCCAAAUUAUCAAUGUAUAAGAAGAAUUACUUGAGUAAAUACUAAUCGCAGUAAUAAUAAUAACCUCAAAAAUCUUAAUUAGAUGUCGAACAAACUUAGUAAGCUGAAUUUAAUGAAAUGAUGCAAUUGUAAAUUGAACAGCUUUUUUUAAAAAUGAGAAAGUCAGCUUCAAAUGAAUAGCUGGAUAAUAUUAACUCUAUUUUAGAUAUUGAAAUGCUGUAUUUGUAGUUUAAAUCAGAGUAGGGAUUAGAUUAAUUUGAAAUUGUAAAGAAUUAUGAUCUUUACAUGGUAAGUCACAACAUCAAUAAGGUAUUAUAAGAAUUACGAAGCAAAUCAAUAAGAAAAUUCAAUUACAUGAAUAAACUCAUUUAUUAUAUGUACUUCCCAUUUGAAUAUAUUAUGAAAUACUAGAAACUUCAACAAAGAGAACGAUCACUUAAAACCACUAGGAAUCCACCUCGUAAACCUGGCCUAUCAAUAUCAAAAAUAGUAGAACUUAAAAAUGUAUUUCAAAGAAAACGUUUCACUCCUCGCAGAAGCAUUAAAAUCAGUUAAAUUUAUCCUGACUCAGAAGGGUGA